CGUCCCUUUCGGCGUCUGCUGCUCUCGCGUUUACUGCUGCUCAAAUUCUCGCACUGUUAGCAUUCGGCUACUUUGGCUGAACGAAGCAACUUCUUAAAUUAGUGUCCCUCGGUCGUCGCAUGUGUGUAUAUUCUUAACUAGUCACAUCGCUGUCAGGUAUAUUUAAAGCAUAAAGCAACAGUGAUCAGGAGGUAACAUGCUUUUGAGUUGAAGUAACACGUUGGGAUCAAGAUCAGGACAUCGGCCUCUUUGACCUGAGCGAGUAAAGUAUCGGGGCCGAGCGUUGCUAACCGCCAGCGGUGUUCGUGAACGCGCUUCGGCUUUGUGUGUUUUGAUCGAGGAGAAACACAGCAGCAGCUCAUCGGAGGUACACUGGAGUACAGAUGCUGUGACGUAAACACCUCUUCCUCUACUGUACACUUUACAUUCUUUACGUCAGCAGAACUCUGGACGACUUCUGUAAACCCUGUCAUUCAGAGAGGUUAAGGAUCAUCCUUCAUCUCUAAGCAGUAACCAAUACGCUCUGGUCGCAAACUCAUGGGAUACGAUGUCGGAGGUCGUAGAACGCCGGCCAGUCAACACGGACUAUGCUGUUUCUGUGUUGGAACAGCUAAAGUUCUUCUAUGAGCAAAAGUUGUUGACUGACAUCACCCUGCUGGUUGAGGACAGUGAGUUUCCCUGCCAUAAGAUGGUGCUGGCCACCUGUAGCUCUUACUUCAGGGCCAUGUUUAUGAGUGGACUCAGUGAAAGCAAACAGACGCAUGUUCAUCUUAGAAAUGUUGACCCUACCACGCUGCAGACCAUCAUAACCUACGCUUACACCGGCAACCUUCUCAUCAGCGACAGCACUGUCGAGCCUCUCUACGAGACGGCCUGUUUCCUUCAGGUAGAAGACGUUUUGCUGCAGUGUCGAGAUUACUUGGUCAAGAAGAUCACGGCCGAAAACUGUGUGCGGAUGCUGAGCAUCGGUGACUUAUUCAGCUGCAACGAGCUUAAGCAGAGCGCCAAGCGCAUGGUGGAGCACAAAUUCCCCGUUGUGUACCGACAGGACGCCUUCCUGCAGCUCUCACACGAGCUACUGCUGGACCUCCUGAGCAGCGAUAAUCUCAACGUGGAGAAAGAGGAAACGGUACGCGAAGCAGCCAUGCUGUGGCUGGAAUACAACAUGGAGGCGCGUUCGCAGUAUCUCUCCUCGGUCCUCAGCCAGAUUCGUAUCGAUGCUCUCUCUGAAGUGACCCAACGGGCCUGGUUUCAAGGACUUCCUCCCAAUGACAAGUCAGUGGUGGUACAAGGUCUGUAUAAGUCCAUGCCAAAGUUUUUUAAGCCCAGACUGGGCAUGACCAAGGAAGAAAUGCUGAUUUUCGUAGAGGCCGAGGCGCCGGCCGAAAGCCACCCGGUCGUGAUCGGGCCACGGCACGCGGUGGUCUGUUACAGCCCACAGGCAGAGAAGGUCUAUAAGCUGAGCAGCCCGCCUGGAGACUUGCAGAAGUUUGGUACGUUGGUCACCCCGGACAAUGAUAUCUUCAUUGCUGGUGGUCAGAUACCGCUGAAGAGCGCUCUGGCCAGUCACGGAAGCAAAAGCGGCAAGCUGCAGGCCGCCUACUGUUCAGUGGACAGCUUCUACUGGCUGGAUGCCCAGCAGAACGCCUGGGUAAGCAAAACGCCCAUGUUGUGUGCCCGCACAAAGCCAUCGUUGGUCUACUGCCAGGGCUUCAUCUACGCCAUCGGUGGCGAUAACGUCGGUGGCGAGUUGAAUAAGCGCACAGUGGAGCGAUAUGAUUGUGAGCGAGACGAAUGGAGCAUGACCAGCCCUCUUCCCUGCGCGUGGAGUUGGAGUACAGCAGUGAUGGCCCGCGACUGCAUCUACGUUAUGACCCACGACCUCAUGUACUGUUACCUUCCCCGAGCGGACGCUUGGGUGGAAAUGGCCAUGCGGCAAACCAGUCGCUGCUUUGCCUCUGCCGCCGCCUUAGGAGAUCUCAUCUUUUAUAUCGGCGGUCUGCACGUGGUGGGCAACUCAGGCUUGCGUCUGCCGACAAGCACCAUCGACGGCUCAUCUGUGACUGUGGAGAUCUACGAUGUUAACAAAAAUGAAUGGCGCCUCGCCGCCGACAUCCCAGCCAAGAGAUACUCAGACCCGUGCGUGCGUGCGGUGGUGCUGCUCAACGCGCUGUGCAUCUUUAUUCGCGAGACGCACUUGAACGAACGGGCCAAGUAUGCUUUGUAUCAGUAUGAUCUGGAGCUUGACCGCUGGUGCUUGCGGCAAGCCGUGUCCGAGCGAGUUCUCUGGGACCUCGGUAAAGAUUUCCGCUGUGCUGUGGGAAAACUUUAUCCAUCCUGCCUUGAGGAGUCGCCUUGGAAGCCUCCGACCUAUCUGUUCUCCAAUGACGGAGCUGAGGAGUUUGAGGUGGAGGACGACAUGGUGUCAUUGCCUCACGUAUAACUGAUAGCAUCUAUUCAGAAGCAAACCUGUAAUUUAUUCAUUUGUUUUAGAAUAAUGAUCUUCUAUAUUAUUGGACCUAUCAGAAAGGUGAAUGAACUGGUGGAUGUUCUGGACAACUCAAACCUGGCCAUAGAGAUCAAAAAUGUUGAAUAUGACCCACCUCAAUAAGCCACUGUGCAUGUAGAGUUAUGGCCUCUUCUGAGCUCGAGUGAUUGUGCACACACACAAGCGUUGUACAUCAUAGAUCGCUAACGGUUUUUACCCGUCUCUUUUUACUGUAAGUUGAAUGAUGUAAACUGAUGACAAUGUGACGGUAUGAUUAAACCUUCAUUGGUUCAAAAUGGCAACUGUGUACACACAUGCCCUUAUAUUCUUCUCUAUUCCAGGAACGACAUGUAUGGGUGGGUCGAGGGUUGCUCCUCUUUCUUACUGGGUGUGUGUCAUUUGACGUUUAGGUUGUCCGCUGGUCCGGUAACUUGCUUGACUCUUUUUGUUUUUGUACAUAACUCUGUAUUAUCAUAGUCGUUCUUGUUCUCUUAAUUGACCCUUGAUUGAUCUGGUAUCUUCUGACCAUCAGAAGUUUCAAAUACACAACCGUAAACCCUCUAUAAUUAGCUCAGGGUGCCUUCAGUCUGGUUUCUUACUCAAUAAAAAAGUCUUGAAUGA